GCAUAUUCCACGAGAGAUCCAAAUUAAGAAAAAAAUGGUACUAAUAGAAUAAUUUAAUCAUUAAAUCACGCAUCGAAUUCCGUCCAGGUUGAAUAAAUACUACCCUCUCCAUCUCAAACUCUUGCUCUCUACUUUUUCUUUCUCUUCACAGAUUGAUUCUUGAAACAUCACAAAGGAAAAACAAGAUGGGUAGCUCUGAUUUUUCAUGGAAAUUGAAGGAUCAUCCGCAGCUUCCCAAGGGGAAAACCAUAGCCAUGAUAGUUUUGGAUGGGUGGGGCGAGGCCAAACCCAAUCAGUACAAUUGUAUCCACGUGGCUGAGACGCCCACCAUGGAUUCACUAAAAAAUGGUGCCCCUGAAAGAUGGAGACUGGUGAAGGCCCAUGGUAAGUACGUGGGUCUCCCCACCGAUGAUGACAUGGGCAACAGUGAGGUCGGCCAUAACGCUCUUGGUGCUGGCAGGAUCUACGCACAAGGUGCUAAGCUUGUUGAUAUUGCUCUUGAGACUGGUAAAAUUUAUGAUGGAGAAGGUUUCAAGUACAUUAAACAAUCUUUUGAAACUGGAACACUGCACCUAAUCGGAUUACUGAGCGAUGGAGGUGUCCACUCUAGGCUCGAUCAGCUGCAGCUGUUGCUCAAAGGUGCUAGUGAGCAUGGUGCUAAAAGAAUUCGUGUCCAUGUGCUCACGGAUGGAAGGGACGUGUUGGAUGGGACAAGUGUAGGCUUCGUUGAAACUCUUGAAAACGAUCUUGCUAAGCUACGUGAGAAAGGCGUCGAUGCCCAGAUUGCAUCUGGUGGAGGUCGUAUGUAUGUUACAAUGGACCGAUAUGAGAAUGACUGGGAUGUCGUGAAAAGAGGAUGGGAUGCCCAAGUGUUAGGAGAAGCACCACACAAGUUCAAGAGUGCAGUUGAAGCUGUCAAAAAGCUGAGAGAAAUUCCAAACACGAACGACCAAUAUUUACCCCCUUUUGUUAUCGUCGAUGAUAGCGGGAAAUCUGUGGGGCCUAUUGUUGAUGGGGAUGCAGUAGUAACUUUCAACUAUCGGGCCGAUCGUAUGGUUAUGAUUGCCAAGUCGCUAGAGUAUGAGGACUUUGAUAAAUUUGACCGAGUCCGAGUUCCUAAUAUACGAUAUGCUGGGAUGCUUCAGUAUGACGGUGAACUUAAACUUCCGAGCAACUACCUUGUUUCACCUCCCGAAAUCGAGAGAACGUCUGGAGAAUAUUUGGUUCGUGUUAACCUCCCCAAUGGAGACAUGGUGGGACACACUGGAGACAUCGAAGCAACAGUUGUGGCUUGCAAGGCUGCUGAUGAGGCCGUUAAGAUGAUACUUGAUGCAAUCGAGCAAGUUGGCGGAAUAUAUGUUGUCACGGCUGACCAUGGAAAUGCAGAGGAUAUGGUGAAAAGGAACAAGAAAGGGGAACCACUCCUUGACAAGAGUGGCAAAAUACAAAUUCUUACUUCUCACACACUUGAGCCCGUUCCUAUUGCAAUUGGUGGGCCCGGGCUGGCGCCCGGUGUGAGAUUCAGAACGGAUGUCCCUAAUGGUGGGCUGGCCAAUGUGGCUGCAACCGUCAUGAACUUGCACGGCUUUGAGGCACCUAGUGAUUAUGAGACGACCCUUAUUGAGGUUGUUGGCAAUUAG